ACUUUGGUAUACACGUGUAGCGUUCAGUAACUUCAGCCUUAAUUUCAAUUAAAUGUAAAUAUGAAGAGAGGUCCAUACAAAUUGUAUUUAGAUCGUGAUGGUGACGGUGCUAUGCCUGAUUCAACAUUUUAUCGAAAAUUAAGGAAAAAUAAUGCUAUUAUAAACGAAGCUAAUCAAGUUCAAAAUCAAAAUGACGAUGAAAAUGACGAUCAAAAUUCAAAUGUAAAUUAUCCGUUACAUUAUGUGGAAAAUGUAGAUGAUAGCAAUUUAUCGAUUAUUGAGACUGCCGAUGGAGACGUCAUUUUUUCAAAUAAUCAGGCAUCUGUACUUAUCGUGAAUAUUGAACAAAAUUCAUGGCUUCGAGAAGAGUAUGAUGAACAAACUCAGGAUCGAGAAAUUUGGUUUGAUGCCGAAGAUUCACCGCAGAUAGAAGAUUUUGAUAGAAAUAAUGAUGAUGAGAUUAAUCAAGUAUGUAUUAUAUCAUAUGAUAAAUAAUUGAAUCAAAUUUUGUAGCUUGAGA